ACAGCAAAAGGUGGCAGAUAAUCUCCGUAAAUUGUUACAAAAGCGAGCGAGUCAAUUGGCGGGCGAAUGUAUUUCUUUCAUGGACGUGAGCGCUCCGAAACCUCAAAUUGUCCGCGUGUUGGACUUCCGUGGAGACAUCGCCGACUUUGAAGCUCUCUUCCGACUAAACGAAGCUGCGUAUCGAGAAAUGGACGCGAUUUUCGCUGAUAAUGGUCUGUCCAACAUGGUCAUGUCUCCUAGUGACGUUCAUAUUCGUGAAGGUGUCGGUAGCAAAUACCUUGAGCUGUUCGCAAACAAGUUAUUGCCUUUUAGCCAGAGUGAUGCGAGAGAGGCAGCGUGGGACCAUUUUAAAGGCACCAAGAAGCAUGCUAGCAAUGGAAGCAUAUACGAAAAAUCGGCAAAGAACCUAAAUGAGCCGUACACGAUCAUCGAGGAGUUCACAAAGGAGCUCUAUUCCAAUAGUUCUCGCGCUGACAUCAAGGUGAAGCAAGUAGUGCGGCGAUAUGUCGAGACAGAUAGAGAUGUUGUGAUCUGGAUUUCACAUGUAUCACCGACGGAGAUCAAACACAAGAUGCUACGUGGACUUACGUACCAUCUUCGCGGUUACGCCCUCACCAAGCGCUCGUCAGCUUCAACUUUAGACCGCGAACUCUCACAACUGCAGUUCUGCUCACUGAUCUCUCUCGACCAAGUACCCGGCACGUGGUAUGACCCUGCUAACGCGCGAAUGCUCAUCAAUUUCUUGAUCGGCAACACCGUACAGAAUAUUCGGAAUCACCAGGACCGUAUCGAGAGUGCGUUGGUAGACCGAGCACUCAAAGAGCACAUGCAAUAGACAUGCUUUAACAUGCAGUAAAAAAAUAUAGGCGUUCACCAAAGUGGCAUUGAGA